GAAUUAUUCACGGUUCUUCUCGCCAUAGUGACGUCUGGAAAUUACCCGCAACAAGUACAGCAGCAUGCUACUGAAUUGUCAUGCAACGCAGGAUCUUCAUCAACACUUGACUCCCACUCCAGCCAAUAAGAACCAUCGUAAGGGUCAGCUCCGCUUUCUGGCAUGGGCUCUUAAACACACAGUGUCUACCACAACUUAUUCAGGCGAAGACAUGGUCAAUUUCUUGGUUGCGUUGAAGAUCAAACAUAACUCCUAGCCAACUACGUUGAAGACUGUUCGAGCAGCUGUGGCACAUUUACAUGAAGACCCUAAGCCCAUCAGCACUCAUCCACUUAUUAACUCCUACAUGGAAUCUCUGGAUCGUCAAGCUCCACCGAUCUCUAUACAUAAGCCCAAGAUAGAUCUAACGCCAACAUUGAUCUACGUUCGUUCAAUUGUAUCUCAUUAUAGUACCUCAGUUUCACUACUACAGCAAAAACUGGCCUUUUUACUGGCUAUGGCAGCUCUCCUGCGCCCGUCUGACUUAGUUCGAAUUCCCUUUUCCUCCUGCAAAGUAGACCCUUCCGACGGUUGCCGUCACUUCAAAGUGAUUGUUCCUAAGGUACGACGACGUCGCCGAAGAAUCAUCAAGGAUUUACGAGUACAUCCACACCAAGACCAAGCAUUCUGUCCGGUGUAUUGCUUUACAGUUCUAAGGGAUCAUCCACACUUACAAGGUCGAAUGGCAAACUCACUUCUUUUCCUGCAUGCUAACAAUAUUCGCAAGCCUGUCGUCUCACACACUAUUUCCUCUUGGCUCCAUCACAAUUUCAUUUCAAAGUGCACGACCGAAUCUUGUGUGUCAAUCCGUUCUCUGGCGUCUUUUACAGCUCUGGGCAAUGGUGUUAGCUUACAAGAUAUUGUCUCGCCAGGAAAUUGGGCAUCCUCCGACACCUUUCAACAGUAUUACCAAUAAUCAAUUUCACGUCUAUGAUUUUAACUGUUCAAGAGGAAGACACGGC